AUGGCGGAAGCGGCGGCGCCCGCGGCGGCGCCCGCCCCGGCCGCCUCCCUGGUGCUGGCCGUGCAGCGGCUGCUGCAGGACCUGCGGCCGGACAGCGUGGAUGAGGCAGCCGCCAUCAUCGCCGGCACAGACCUGGACGUGCACCAGCAGGCCGAUGGGCUCGCCUCGGAGAUGUACCGCGCCGCCACCAGCGGCCCCGACAAGGCCCUGGCUGUGGCUCAGCUGCUGGGCGAGGUGCUGGCGCUGGACCCCAGCGGCAACGGGCGCCAGCUGCGCCGCCUGCUGCUGACGCGGUGCGAGAAGGCGUUUGACCUCAGCCCGCCGCCAGGCAUGAGCGAGGGGUACAAGCGCAAGAUGGGCGCCAUGACCUUUGUGGCUGCUCUGUUCAACGAGGGCGUCAUCCCCGCCUCGGUCAUGCACUCCUGCCUGGCAGAGCUGCUGCAGGGGGGCGACGCCUCCCGCGCCCACGACCUCGACUGCCUGCACCUCCUGCUCUUCUCCCUGCUUGAGCUGUGCGCCCGGCACGAGGCCGGCUGGAAGGAGCAGGCUGCACCGCAGCCUCUGGCGGCGCCCGAGGCGGCGGCCAAAGCGCCGCCGCCGCCGCCGCCCGCUGCCGAGGGCUGCUGGGGCUCUGGGCCGCACGCAGAUGCCGACGCCGUGCCUGCAGCCCUGGCAGCCCAGCUGCGCAUGGGCCCGCCCGCCCCGGCCGCCUCUGCCGGCACCGACGGCUCCACAGCUUCCGCCCAGCUGCCGCCGCACCUGGUGCAGCAGCAGGCGCCUGCGCUGGCGGAUGAGUGGGACUACCUGGCUCCCGACGGCAUCAGCGUGUACGGGCCCUUCUCCCUGGAGCAGCUGCAGUUCUGGGUGGGGCAGGGCCACAUGGCGGCAGACGUCCAGGUGAGGCAGCACAGCAGCCCCCCCGCCGCCGCCAGCUGGCACGACCUGCGCGCUGAGGCCCACGCCUUGGCCACAGGCGGCCGCCUACCAGACGCCGUGAAUCCGGCUCUUGCCGCGCCGCCGGCCCCAGCUCAGGCUCCCAUGCCCAUGGCAGCGACCGCGCCUGCCCCCAGCAACGCGCUACUCAGGCCGUCAGCCCCCACCUACGUUCCUGCCAGCCCCAACGGCGGCACGCUGCUGGUCCCAGUCGCACUUGCCCCCAACUUUGUGCCAGCAGCUGCUCCCGCCAAGCCCGCAGAGGUUCCCGAUGCGGCUGCCUGGGCCACAGCCGUGCAUACCAAGCCCUCUGCCGCCGUCCCUGUGCCUGCCGCCCCUCGUGACCGGCCGCUGCAGCAGCAGGUGGCGGCGCUGAUCCGCACCGGCAACAAGCCCGGCCUCGGCAAGGACGGCGCGGGAGGCAACGGCAGCAAAGCCGGCUCGCCAGCAAGCAGCAACAGGUUCAUCUCCGGCGGCAGCCGCAAGAAGAGCGUGGGGUAUGAGGAUGACAAGGAGUGGCUGGUGAAGAAUGCUCGGGGCAAGUGCUCGGGCCCCUUCACCGGCCACGAGCUGCUGGGCAUGCUGCAGAACGACACGCUGGCUGAGGACUCGAUGAUCAAGAAGGCGGACUGGAAGGCGUACAGGCCGCUGGAGCAGGUGGAGGAUGUGAUCCUGGAGAUGUUUAGUAAGAAGCCCGCCGGCGGCGCCUCCCGCGCCAGCCUCGCCGCCCUGGACCGCCGCGGCUCAGACCUGGAGAAUGCCAGCGGCGGCUGCGGCGGUGGCGGCGGCGGCAAGCAGGGCAGCCGCUCAGUGAGCGCCACCCCAACCGCCGCGUCGCCUGGGAGCAGCAGCGACUGGUUUGCCAGCCCCACCCUGCAGCGCCCAGCCUCAUCCAUCACGCAGGCUGGCCAUGCCGCGCCCAUCAGCCCUGCUGACAGCCACGCCAGCCCGGGGCCAGCAGCGGCUGCCGCUUCGCUCCGCGCCCCUCUGUCCCCUGCCCUGCCGGAUGCUCCAUCAUCCCCGGCUGAUGCGCCGCUGCCCGGCACACCGGCGCCGCCGCCACAGCAGCAGCAGCAGCAGGGGGAGGAGGGGGAGGAGGCCGUGCCAUCCCCUGCAGCCACGCCGGUGGGCAUGCACACCCCAGGCCCUGCUGCUGCUGCCGAUGUGCCGGCAGGGGGCACCCCGGCCUCUGUCUGCUACACUCCCGGCCAGCCCGCGCUAGACUCUGGCCUGCUGUCAGGCUUCACGCCCUCCCCAGCCCCUGGAGCCCACGGCAGCCUGGCGAUGCCGUCGCCUACCAGCAGCACGGGCGGCUUUGGUGCUGGCGGUUACUCUCCGCAGCCGGCAGAGGCGGCGGGGGAGGCUGCGCCCCAGCCCUGGCAGGCGCCAGCCGCGGGAGGGCCCCAGGUGUCCGAUGCCCCCAAGCCGGCGUUUGCAGCCUACUCGGCUGCUGCUGCCGCUGCCAGCGCUGCCGCCGCGGCCGGCGGCAGCAGCAGCAGCUAG